AUGGACAAAUCAUCAGAGAACAACACUUCUGCUCCAAGCAAAGAAUGUCAAAGAAAAUUUCUUGCAGAACUCGCACAAAGAACAAGCACCGCUCCGAUGCUUGCAUUUUUCCUAUACGACUGCAACAACUGGUCUGAUCGUCUUGUUCAACUUCAAAAUGGUGUAUCGGAAGUUAAGCCAAGUGCGAAAGAACAGACAGAAAAAGAUUCGAAGCUGUAG